AUGAGGUCAGUGUGGGCCUCCCUCCCCCAACACCUCUGGCUGUUUCUGGCGAUGUUCUUUCUUGAGGCUGUGGGGGAAGAAGACCUACUAUUUGACCCUGACUGGGGCUUUGACUCCUAUGAAAUCACCAUUCCCAAAGUACUAAGUUUUAGGAAAGGGGCACCGGGUGCAGACGCUUCUUUGUCAUACCUCUUACAGAUAGAAGGCAAGGAGCAUGUGGUUCACCUGCGGCCCAAGAAGUUACUGUUGCCGAGACAUCUGCCAGUUUUCUCCUUCACCCAAGAGGGCAGUCUGAUAGAGGAUUACCCACAUAUACCAGACCAGUGUAAUUACGUGGGCUCCGUGGAAGGCUCUCAGGAAUCGGAAUCUACUCUGAGUACCUGCAUGGGGGGCCUGCGAGGCGUCUUGAACAUUGACUCCAGAUACUACCAAAUCGAGCCUCUCAGGGCCUCUUCCAGUUUCGAACACGUGGUGUAUCUCGUAACUGAGGACAACUUUAACAAUGAGACUUGUGGUGUGGUUGAUGAAGAGACAGGUAGGCCAACAGCCGAGGAGGAGGAGAUGGCUAGGAUAAGUACCUUUCAUCAGUCCUACAAGCACCAAAGGUACUUGGAGUUGGUCAUGGUCUUUGACCUGAGUAGAUUUGUGUUUACCCAUCGCAAUAUGUCUAGAAUGGUGGAUGACGCCAUUCUUUUGGCUUCAAUUGCAGACACCUACUUCCUGGAUCUCAGCUUGAAGAUUCAACUGAAAGCACUUGAAGUCUGGACACAGUAUAACAGAAUACAGCUUUAUUACCCCAAUUUAUCUGAAGUUUUAGGUCAAUUCGUGCUUUACAAAAGAGCCUCACUGCAUCACCGGCUCCCCGCAGACUGGGUUCAUUUGUAUAUCGCAAGAAGAUAUAGAGAUGCUACUGCCUGGUCCUGGGGAAGGGCGUGUGAAGAACACCAUGCUGGCUCAGCAAGCAGCUUCCUCAAUGUUAACAUCCUCGGCCCUGCUACUUGGACUGCUCAUGAAAUGGGCCAUUGUGUGGGGAUGAUGCAUGAUGAGGAAUUCUGCCAGUGCAGAGGCAGGAAGAGCUGUGUCAUGGGGACAGGGCGCACAGGGUUUAGUAACUGUAGUUACCAUCAGUAUUUUUUACACGCAUCUUAUAAAAUGUCCUAUUGUCUAUCUGACAUCCCGCAGCUACAUAUAGUAGAGAGGUGUGGAAAUAAAAUUGUGGAAAACCAAGAGCAGUGUGACUGUGGUUCCAAAGAAGACUGCAAAGAGGACCUGUGCUGUGGGCCAGACUGUAAAUGGAAAGAAGGUGUCAACUGUUCCACUGGGCUUUGCUGUCAUAAGUGUAACUUCCUUCCAUCGGGAUAUGUGUGUAGGAAGGAAGUAAAUGAAUGCGACCUCGCAGAGUACUGUGAUGGGACCUCGGGUUUCUGUCCAGACGACUAUUACAAGCAGGACGGAACUCCGUGCAGAUACGGAGGCUUUUGCUUCCAUAAGGGAUGCAGAUCCAGGUACUUGCAAUGUCAGGCCAUUUUUGGACGAAGAGCCAAGGAGGCUCCUCACCAGUGUUACGAAGCAGUUAACAUGUUGGGUGACCAGUCUGGGAACUGUGGCAUUGUAAAUGCUACUCGAUAUACAAGGUGUCAUAGAGGCAACACGAUCUGUGGCAGGCUACAGUGUAUAAAUGUGAAAACCCUCUCCAAAUUUCCAGAUCACACCAUUAUACUGUCCACCUAUCUGAGAAGAGAUGAUCUCAUUUGCUGGGGCACAAGCUAUCAUGGAACCAUGAUACCCCACGGGGUACCUGACAUAGGUGACAUUAAUGAUGGUACCUCCUGUGGUCAUAACCGGGUGUGUCUUAACAGGACUUGCGUUGACUACACCACCCUGAAGUUCGACUGUUUGCCUGGCAAGUGCAAUAGCCGAGGUGUUUGCAACAAUAGAAAGAAUUGCCAUUGCACAUAUGGCUGGGAUCCCCCAUUCUGUGUGGAGGUAGGAUACGGUGGGAGUCUCGACAGUGGGCCUCCUGGACCCAGGACAGAAGUAUUUUCAACGUUUCAUGUUCUGUACAUAUUACGUAUUAUUUUAUUCUUCGGCUCCAUGAUCAUUAUGGGUUUUGGACGGAUGAUGAAAAAUUUGUUUCGUAAUCGCCGGCAAAAAAAACCACCUGAGACUCAGGGGAAGAAGAGGUGA